AUGGUCGGCACUCUCGAGCCGCGCAGUACAGCCAUAACAGUUGUAGAGGCCGGAGCAAUGAUUGCAUUAAAUAUCAUUUCGCUUUUGGGCAACGUCCUAGUUUGUUUGUCGGUUUACAGAAAUAACAGGCUCCGCACCACAACAAAUCUGUACAUCAUUGCAUUGGCUGUAACUGACUUGAUAGCUGCAACUUUCGUCAUGCCUCUAGCUACUGGAGUUCUCAUCACAGGAAGAUGGCCUUUUGGUGAAACGGCUUGUCAAAUACACGCUUAUUUCGAUCUUUUUGCGGUGUAUGUUUCGCCUGUAACCAUGGGUCUUACUGCCCUUAAUAGAUACACAAGAAUA